GAAAGUCGGUGUCAAUCAGACGCGGAGUCGAGCGAGGGACCGCUCCGGAAGGUGGCUCCGAACUUGAAGCGGAGGAUUCCGGGGGAUCGCGCGGAAAAUCUUCAUUUGGCAUUCACGCAGCAACACCUUCCGUCUCCGCGGAGAUCGCGCUCCCUUCUUUCCGCCUGUUCGAGUCCUUCUCAGUCCGCAGCACACAGCCGCCCAUCGAGCUUCCCUCGCACCCGUCUCUCCCACCUGCAGCCACCCUCGCGUCCCCGCAGGACGGACGAGCUGCUCUGGCAGCCGGUUGUCGGCUUCCCUCCUAGGGACAUGCGCAGCGACCCGCGGAACGACAGGUGCGCGCCGCGCCGUCGGCCGCGAAUCGCUUAGUUUCGGGUAAGCGCACGAUUCGCCUCCGUCGCUCCACCUCGCCUCGAGGCUUGCCAGUCGCUCGCGACUCUGUCUCAGGCUCGGUUGCUCGUUCACCAGCCACCUCGUCGGCGACCUCCUCUCCGACUUCCUCUCACCAGCGGCCGGAAGAGAGAGAGAGAGAGAGGGGGAGAUCGCGUCCCGCGUAAAUCACGACACGGUCUUCUUCCUCGGUCGGGGUCCUCGUCGUGGAGAUCACCCACUGGGAACCCGCCGUGUCGGAGUUGUCGACGCCCUGGAGCCGCGGUGAUUCCGCCGCUUAUCGAGCGCGCACGUGCUCCCUUCACGUUCUUCCUGCCAGUCUUCUUCAGUCGGUCUGCUCCCCCGGAAGCGGUGGUUGUGCUGUUCGCGUUCUUGCCCCCUUCAUCCGACUUCCCCCGCGUCCUCUUCAUCGCGAGCCGGCGCAGAGUGCGGCGGAUGGUGAUCUCGCGGAUCGACAGGAAGCAGUGAGAUCGGCUCCGCGGCUGCGAUGAGAGACAACGAGUUCCCGCCAGUUCCGUUGAUUCGACCGCGAUUGUGAAUUACUGUGGCUUUAUCCGGAACGUCGUCGUCGUUGUCGCGCGGUGCUCUUGAUGAAUGUGGUGCGCUAGGAAAUUUUAAAUCCGUCGCAUCCCGGCAUCCCAGGUGGAUCUCCCUUCGAUCAUGCACCCGGGGCAGGAUCCCCUCCGCAGGACUAUGGAAAUGCGAGCGUCCGCGACGAUCCUGCUGCUGCUACUCGGCGGAACCGUACUACGUGCAGCCGAAGGGAGCGGCGAACCGUGGCUGAGAAGUGAGAAGCACGCCGAACUGGGCACCGAGGUUUUACUGCCCUGCGUCCUGAAGUCACCGCAAUGCGAAGGUCUGCAUAGCAUCAAGUGGUAUCGCGGCCCCACGCGGAUUUUCAUUUUCAGUGAGGACGCCGGAAUUAUACGCGGCAACAACGACAUCGCCGUCAGGGCCGACAUAGAAUAUUCGACGAAUUCGUCGAAAACGUACCUGAAGAUACCCGACGUCAAGCUGAAAGACGAGGGCCUCUACAAGUGCGAGGCCACGUACAUGGCGGUCAACCGCGAGUGCAACAACGUGCAGCAUAUUACCCUCAACGUUACAGUGCAACCGUCGUACAUACGUGUCAUCAAUACAAAUUCAAAGAACACUCUGAGCACCGGUACCACUUUAGGACCUAUAAACGAGGGUUCAACGAUAUCCUUGAAUUGCGAGAGCGGCGAAGGCAAACCUUUACCCACGGUCGGGUGGUUUAAAGGUGACCAACCACUCGAAGCGACGAACUCGUCGACCAUCGCUGAUACUGGAAUAGGCACUGCCAGUAGUUUGCUAGAGAUGCAAAUUACACGGAAAGAGUUAGGCGCAACGUUCACAUGUAAAGUCAACAGUAUUGCUCUCGUGGAACCACUCACGGUUGAUAUUAAACCAGAUGUACAUGUGCGCCCGCUGAAGAUGGACUUAAACGGAGUGGUUGGUCAUGCCGUGCAGGGCACCAAGAUCUUAUUGCAGUGCACGGUACGUGCGGCACGGCCCCCCGCCAACGUGACCUGGCAGAACGGAACGAAAUUCUUGAAUGAAAGCAAUGAAAGACUCGACAUAUUUAAAACGGAAAUAAACGAAAACGAGGACGGCACUUCGGAGACGAUAAGUUACCUCGCUUUUACGGCGUCGGUAUAUGACAACGGAAAAACGUUCAAAUGCUACGCCGAGAAUUCGGUAACCCGUACUGAAGAUCUGAAGCCAAUGAAGGAAACGACCACGAUCGAAGUAUUAUAUCCGCCGAUAAUUAAAAUGAAGCCAAAUAACUUAACGGUUAACGAGACAGACGAUAUUCUAAUAUUCUGCGAUUACGAAGCGAACCCCGCUUCGCUGAUAAAGGUGACAUGGUUACGAAACAACGAAGAAUUAGUAUUAAACGACGACCAUUACGACGGCGGAAUCACAGAACAAACAGCACUCACGGUGAAAAACGCGACUCCCAGCGACAUAGGUUCUUACAAAUGCAUCCUGGAAAACAACGCCGGUUCAACCGUUUCAGAAGACAUCGUGGAAGUUUCGGUCUUUCACAAACCAGUAGUGGAGGUGAUAAUGGAUCCGGAAACACCUGUGAACGAGGCGGACCGUCUGAACGUUUCGUUAACGUGCGAAGUCGAUUCCGGCAAUCCGGCCACGCUGACAGCGGUCCGCUGGUAUUUGGACGGUGAUCUAUUGAAAGAACUUCCGGAUUGCGCGAGAAACAGCACUGCCGUGACAACGACUACUGAGGAAUCGUUGACAUUCUGCGACAUCGACCCCAGCAAGCUACUGCUGGAGGCCGUCGGCCGUUCCUUUCACGGCAACUACUCGUGCGAGGGGAGGAACGAGGCCGGCUGGGGACCAAUCUCUCCGAGCACGCCUGUCGUGGUUUAUUAUAAGCCCGGCCCUGCGUCGAUAUCGUACGAUCCUCAGCAAGUAGUGAAGAAACAGCCAUUAUCCAUCACCUGUUUCGUUUUGGAUCCCGGACGACCGAAGGUGUCGGGAUUCAAGUGGCUGCGCGGCUCGCAUCGACUUCCAGACGAGAACGACGCCACCCUCGUCAUCGAGUCGGUUAAUUUGGAAACCGAGGCGAAUUUCACAUGCCUGGCUUACAACGACGCCGGUGACGGCGACCUGGCCACAACGUUUAUCGACGUAUCUGCGGCCCCGACAUUCAUUAAGAAGCUGCAUCCGUAUCGCGGUUUUGCCUACAACUGGUCUAACGUGAGCAUCAUGUGUUGGGUCGAGUGCGCCCCAAUCUGCAAUAUUUCCUGGCUGAGAAAUGACGAUCCCAUGGACUUCUCGAAAAUAAAUCGAUACUAUGUGUCGAACGUUUAUCAUCCGCCUGACCCAAGGACCAACGACUUUGAGAGCAUCCAAUCGACUCUCGUAUGGAAUCUGACGGUCUGGCCGAACGGUCAGCUCGACCGUGCCGAGGAUAACAUCAAAUUCACCUGCAAAAGCAGCAGCAACGGGAUUGGCCCGGGCGUAGAGAGCAGCACUCACUUUCAUGUCGAGUUCCCGCCGGAAAAUAUCACGAUCUCGAAGAAGAUAAUCAAUGUAACGGUGGACACUAUAUCGGAGACAGUGGCAUGCGACGCGAAGGCAAGACCUAAACCGAACUUUCGGUGGUUCCGCGAAGGAUCCAACGACACCAUCAUGGAGGGCCACGUACUUGACUUGAAAAUGCCAGUACCCCGGCGUAGCAACGGCACUUACUACUGCGAGGCGUCGAAUCGUCAUGGUAUCCUGAAUAUCUCGAUGGUCAUGAAUGUGCAAUUUAAACCAGAAUGCCACAUAGAAAGGGAACGAUUCGAGGGCAAGGAUUACGUUAUUUGCUGGGUCGUCGCCAAUCCAAAAGAGACGAACUUCGUCUGGUCAUUGAAGAACGACAACGACACGCUGGAGCAGGUUGCUGAGAUGCGAAACGGACGAAGUUACAUGCUGCUCGAUACCUCUGUCACUAAUUCCCGGACGUACGUGUGCGUCGCGAAUAACACGAUCGGCUAUUCUACACCUUGCGAACGUGACGUAGCAGGCCAUAUACCCUGGUGGCAUCAGUUGGAGGGUAAUCUACUCCUGAUUAUUAUCAUUGUGGCGGUGGUCAUCAUACUGGUACUAAUACUAAUUUGCGUGGCCAUCUUUAUCGUGUGUCGACGGAAACAUAACCAAGUGAAAUAUCCCAAUCAAGCUGCGAAUAACAAUCAUGUGAACAGCGUGUCGGAAGGUCUCCCCGAAUCCGGGACAAAGACGUUCUACGAGAAUUUACCCUUCCACGGGAUUCAAGCGCCACCUAACAAGCCCUUCAAGCCGGAAUUCUCGGAUCUCGAUUACGCGGACGUGGACUACAAAUCGUACGGGCCGAUUAACUAUAAAGCUGCUAGUAUUGCGCUUCUGCAGAAGCAACAACACCAACAGCAGACUCAGCAGCAGCAACAGCAGCGACUUUUGGAUAGAAGGCCGCAGAUGUACGGUGCUCCGGACGAUAACGAGGAACUGCUUUAACCCUUUCCCGUUCAUCUUUUCGUUAACAUAUUUAAUAGAGAUCCGGAUAUUUUAGCCUUUUCGGGGAGAUGCAAUGAUAAGAUACAUUUUGUAAACGAGAUAAAUCGAUAGAAACUCGCUAAAACUCGUUAAAUUCAAUAUUUGCGAGACGUAUGUUGCCAUAACAAAUUUGUAGAAUUACAGUUCUCGUAUAAAAUGAAUUUAACGAGUAGCCGUAAGACUCUACGCUACGUUUGUUAACAAAUAUUUACGAACAUGGUUGGCAUGCUUAUCGAGAAAAGUUGGGAAACGUGAGAUUAUUUCGUACAUGGUACGUGCUAAAUCGAAAAGCACCACUAAUUAAAAAUGGGAAAAAUAUUUGUUACUUUCUCGAAAAACAUUUUCUUCCGUUCAAUAAUAAUCACCGAUUAAAUGCAUGUAUUUCGAAGAUUUUUAACAUUUAGCUACAUCGCCUAUUCCGAAAGUGAUGAGACUCAAACUUUCGAACAUCGUAUGAAAAAAUGCAGAAAUAAAAAAAAUACUCGUACUUCGUUUAAAUUAAUCGUAUUUAAAAAAUUGACCUAUUUCAUUUUCAUAGCGAACGGAUUAAAAUAUAUCUUUGUUGUUAUGACGGGCAUAAUACGAUAUACGAUAUAUUCGACAUUUAAAAUACCUGUAAAUUCCUCACAUUACGGGUAAUCGAAAUGCGUAAUAAUCAUAGUGUCUCUGCGAGUACGUUUACACGAUGUCCCAUUACUCCUGAAACAUCCGGGAUAGCAUGUCCAGCUAAAUAUACGCUUAAUAUAUUCUCUUUAUAUAUAACACGAUUAUUUAUGUUACGUUGCUCCCUACGUCCUGUAUUUCAGUAUCGCUUCGUAUACCAUAGCUGCGUUGCAAAUUAAACUGUCUCAGAUAGGAUUAGUUCGCUUUGGUUACAAGUUCGAGCGUUUCAGGAAAGGGCCGAUAAAAUCACUCGUCCUCAUCCUUUCGUACCGGCCAAAUACGACGAUCUACGAACUCGGUGGGAUAUACGCCAAAAUUAAAAUUAAAAAUAACAAACAGAAAGAGAAACGCGAUGCCUGUAAAUUUAUAAAUAUCUUUAUAUGAAAAUAUUGAUACGAUGUACAUUAAUAAGCUAUCGAAAUGUGUUCUGGGAUCAAAUUAUCGGAAUAACGCGCGACUCGGAAAGAGAGCGAUAGAGGGAAAAUCUUGUUAAAUAUCGAAUUAGAAAAAAAGUGAAACACACAUAUCGCAGCCAAUUAAUUAUUAAUCCCCAUUUAUCCGUUCCGUGUAUUAUUGUUAUAUAUAUAAUUAUUAAUAACUUCUUCCCCGCCCCUCUUCCCGACGCUAGAGUAUGUAAUUCUGUUGAUAUAUUACUCUCGGAUAUCUUCCUACGUGCGUUUGUCAAUUUGUAAGACACACAAUUGACGGGCAGUUGUUGGUGUACAGAUCGAUUAUACCGAAUGCCAUAGCUUGAUCGCGGACAUAGUCCAACGGGUUGAGCUAUCGAGAGAGUCUUGUUGUAAAUAAUGUAUCCUUGUAAACGUCAUGUAAUAACAUUCACGUUCACCAGUGAAUGAUCAGUUACGAUAAUACGUUUCACCGAACGUUGGUUUAAAAAACCAACUCUUUUCGAUCGUUUGUGAAACGUUCGAAAACUUUUACACAUACGUAAUCACUCGGGGGAAAAGAGAACAUAUGUACAUUAGACGCGCGUUCGAUGCUCUGUAAUAAAAUUACAGUAAAAAAAUAAAAUUAGAAUUUGUAAAAAAAAAACAGUCGCGCUUAUUCGGUUCUAAUUAACAGUAAUUUCUACUGUUUACAGUAACGAGAGAGCAAUAGAGAGAGAAACUAGAUAGCAUGAGGUUCGCGCUUCUAUUUGGUGAUACGUCUUAUCGUAUCUUUUUAUUCGUCAAUGUCCCUCUACGGUCCAUUGGAUUUCGCGUUUCUUUUGCCGCACCGCGUAUCCCGUUCGAUUCAAUCGCGUUCGUUUGCUACUACCCACAAGUCAGUUCAUUGAUAUACACACCAAUGGUCGUACGUUUCUCUGGAGACCUCAGUACAUCCUUUCAUUUACAGAUUCUUUAGCCAAUUUAGAAUCGAUUUUAUCGCGGUGAAAAGUUGAUUGGGCAUCAUUCAUUUUUACGAUUCUCCGAUGUCCCACUUUAAUCCUCGUCACUAAGUUAAAAAUUACGAACCUAUCAAAAUACAAUCCACCCGAAAUUCAAAGAAAAAAAGACGACAUUUAAAAGAAAUUUAUGUCACUCGAAUUUCGACCAUCAGGGAUUUUUAAUAUUUUGCAUUAGAAAAUUGUGGGGAAAGAUAGACGUCCGUCAAAUUUCUCCUGUGAAAAAAUCGACUUGAAAUUUAUCGAGAAUUUAUCGAAAAUCUGAAUGACUGAAAUCCUGCGUGGUAAAUCUCGACGCUUCUAUACAUCACGUUUUUAUACAGGGUAUAUUAAAUCAAUGACUUCAACUUGUUCGUACAAAUAUGAACAAAAUAAUUAUUUUUUGGAAACAAAUACGAAAAUGUGUUCACCGUGUGUAUCUUUCAUCGGAUUUUAUUCAAUUAAAAAGAAAUAUGACUUCUUCACCGUCAAUAUUUUUGAAAAUAUUAGAGAUGCAAAGUUUAAUUCCGAAAUAUCUGCGUGCUUUGAAGCAACGCGUGAUGAACGAGGCUUACCUUUGUAAAUGAAAAUUAGGCUUUGCAAAAUUUGAAUGGAUAUUAAAUGAACGAUGAAACAUGAAAAUAUUAUGUCUUUCAUUCGAUAUUCAAUUAUCACAUAAAAUAUUCAUUCAGCUUAUUUAGACAUCUUACGUAUGUUUAUAGUGAUUUAUUGCAUCGCCAUUGUCGAAUAUGCAAAUAACGCGCAAUUGAGUGCACGGUUUAUAAAAACAGAAAAAAUGAAAAUUGACUUAAUUUAUCCGAUAUCGGUACAAUAUUAUCAAUAUUGGCCUGCCAAUCUUACAAAAGGCUGUGCUCUUUUAAUCGUAGUAUUGAUUUGGCCCUUUUCAUCGAAAUACAUUGCACGGGGCACUAUUUGCUACCGUAUUUAUUUCACUUAAAUAAUACAAACAAUUGUUAGCAUAACGCAAGGCCUGAAUUAAUUAAUUAUUAAUACUCGUUAUUAUUCCCGAUGCUUCCGUGGAACUGUAAAUCCCAAGAGAUAUUUUAGUCUUGUCGAUGUAAAAUGUAUAAAAUUAGUCCACCUUAGCGUAAGAUGAGAAGAUUUUGAAAGGUUUCGGAUCUGAUCGAAACGUCGUAAGAAUCGCCCGGUCGACGACAUAUACACCUAUUCGAACUAGCCACCUAACGUACGCAUAAACUUGUAUAAACGUGUCUGUGUAAUAAUAACUUAUGCUGUAAGAGUGUAAAGUGAUUUUUCACCAUUUUUUAUAUUUGGGACAUCGCCCUGUGAACUGUUGCUCGGUGAAUUGAAUAGUUUGUAACGCGCACUAUAUGCACAUACGUACGUUAUUAUGUUAAUACCGGAUUAGUGCCGCGAAUUGCGGCCUCCAAGCGUUCAAGAACUGUAAGACAUUAAACUGUAUACAAUAAGAAUCGAAUAACCGUUAGAAUAUGUGUAUAGAUUUAAAAGGACAUUUAUGAAGCUCCAAAUGAUCAUUUCUUUGAAUUCCAUGACAAAAUAGCGAUCAAUCAUUUGUAACAUAUUUAUGGAGGCUCUCGUCGAAGACAAAUAAUUGGGGAAUUUAUAAAAACAAAAAAAAA